GUUCUUCCAAUUGAAAAACAAGUUGCUAUUGCUCUUUUAAGACUAUCAUUUGGAAUGUCUAUGAUUAACAUUAGUGAACUUUUUGGGUGUGGAAAGUCAACAGCUGCAAGAGUUGUGACAAAGUUCAUUAAUGCUAUGCAUGUUAAUUUUCAAAACUAUAUACAAUGGCCAAGUGACCAUUCAACACUUGAACUUGUAAAGCAAGGAUUUCACCAAAAACAAGGCUUUCCAAAUUGUUGUGGGGCUAUAGAUGUAACUCAUAUUGAUUUUGAGCUUCCAGCUAAUGAAUGUUCAUCUGAUUGGUAUGAUCAUGAUCACAACUACAGUAUGUCAUUACAAGCCAUUGUUGAUAGUAAUAUGCGUUUCAUGGAUGUUUUUACAGGUUGGCCUGGAUCUAUCAAUGAUGCUAGGCUCCUAAGAAAUUCUGCCUUCUACAGGUUAUGUGAAGGUGGAGAGAGGUUAAAUGGAAUGUCAGUUUCUAUUGGUUCAUCAAGUAUAAGAGAAUACAUUGUUGGUGAUGGGGGAUAUCCAUUGCUACCAUGGUUAAUCACACCUUUCAGUGGAGCUGCAACAGAUGAUAAAAAAUCAUUCAACUUUAAACUAUCUUCAACUCGCAUUGUUGUUGAACAUGCAUUUGGAAAGCUAAAAGGUGUUUGGCGAAUUUUGAAUUCAAAAAUGUGUCAUCCAAAUUUACAAAUGCUACCAAAAACUAUUUUUGUGUGUUGUAUUUUGCAUAAUAUUAUGUUGACAUAUGAAGAAGAUGACAAUGAUCCUAGUUACUUGGAUGAACAUGAGAAUAAUAUACCAAACAAUGAAGCAAUAGCAAGGGAUUCUAUUGCAGGGUUAGCCCGAAUGGCCUUAAUGGAAUUCGUUAAUGGUAAUGAUUAUAAUGUGCAUCCAAACAAUUAA